CAUUUCAGUGUGGAUACAGAUGCAGUCUUGUUGCUUAGCUGAAAAUAAAUAAAUAAAACCGUGGGUUCACAGCGUACAGUGAGCAAUUUGGGAUGAUUUUCGGAGAGGUUCGUCACAACAUCUUCAGUGUGAAGAAUAUGGAUUUCAUAAUGUUGGGAAGAAUGUCUCCUUGAAAAAAAAGAUGCCGUUUCUUGAAAUAUGCAUAAGGCAUAUUCAUAAAUAUUUCUAUGACUAUUAAAUAUUUGAUUAAAGAUUUUAUUUUAGUUUCAAAGGAAGCUCAGGGUUCUUAAUAUAUUUAUUUUAUAAAUGUAAAACAGUAUUUUUUUCCGAUUGCAAAACAUCAAAGAUCAGUCUAGUGCAGGGGAAAAAACGAGAAAAAAAACAAGAGAUCCGGUUGAAAAUGUAAGAGGAUUUCAUUUUGCAGCCAGUGAAAAGAGAUUAAGCCGACAGCAGUGGAAGUUAAAUUGUGCUGCAUAUAAAAAAUGGGCGGAUUGGUCUUUAGAUGAGAGAUUGGUACCACCUUCCAUUCUAAAAUAAAAUCUCCCUGGCAUGAAGUCACAGCCUAUUUCACAUCCGGUUUACCCAGGGACAUAUUACUAUUGUCUAGGUAAAGAAAAUCUUUAUUUAGCUGCAAUCUCUGUAUUUAGAGUAGAUUUUGCAGUUAGAUUACCAAUUUACAGGGACCGGUAAGAGUUUAACUCCCCAGACCCAGGAAUAGUGAGAGAGACCUGCGCAAGCUCACCAUCAUCAGCCGCCGCUUCACGAGCCUCAAGCUAAAAUUCAGCAGAUCUGAGAUCUAUAAGGAUUUUUCACAUCGAAACCGUGUAGAAAAGGUAUCUAUAAAAGUUUUAGGAUACCAUACAGUUGAGUAUCUCUUGCACAUUGCCUUUAAUUUUCAGUUAACAGAACCAGCGAUGGGACAAACUGGCAUAUUGAUUAAAUGCACAUGGGCCCUCCUUCUAAUAGUACAUGUGCUAUGGGGAAAAAGUUAUGGACAGAGCUCAUCAGAUGAUCAGAAGGACAACACCACUGUGUUUACCAGGAUCCUGGAUAGUCUAUUGGAUGGAUAUGACAAUCGUCUGAGACCAGGGCUGGGAGAGCGUGUAACUGAAGUCAAGACUGACAUUUUUGUGACGAGUUUUGGACCUGUCUCGGACCAUGACAUGGAAUACACAAUUGAUGUAUUUUUUCGACAAAGCUGGAAGGAUGAGCGAUUAAAGUUCAAGGGUCCUAUGACAGUCCUCCGUCUAAAUAAUCUGAUGGCAAGCAAAAUCUGGACACCAGACACAUUCUUCCACAAUGGGAAGAAAUCAGUGGCACACAACAUGACGAUGCCAAAUAAACUACUACGCAUUAAAGAAGAUGGUACACUUCUAUAUACUAUGAGGCUAACUGUAAGGGCAGAGUGCCCAAUGCAUUUAGAGGACUUCCCAAUGGAUGCUCAUGCUUGUCCUUUGAAGUUUGGCAGUUACGCCUACACUCGAGCAGAGGUGGUAUAUGUGUGGACACGAGGUGCAGCGAAGUCUGUAGUCGUGGCAGAAGAUGGCUCAAGACUCAACCAAUAUGACUUACUGGGUCAAACAGUUGACUCAGGUAUUGUUCAGUCCAGCACAGGAGAGUAUGUUGUUAUGACUACACAUUUUCAUUUAAAGAGGAAGAUUGGUUACUUUGUCAUCCAGACAUAUUUACCAUGUAUAAUGACAGUGAUCCUGUCCCAGGUGUCAUUCUGGCUCAACAGAGAAUCAGUCCCUGCUAGAACUGUAUUUGGUGUAACAACCGUACUGACCAUGACAACCCUGAGUAUUAGUGCCAGGAAUUCUCUUCCAAAGGUGGCAUAUGCAACAGCCAUGGACUGGUUUAUCGCAGUUUGCUACGCAUUUGUCUUCUCAGCCCUCAUUGAGUUCGCCACAGUGAAUUAUUUCACAAAGAGGAGCUACGCCUGGGAUGGCAAAAGUGUUGUGCCUGAGAAGCAAAAGAAGAAGAAAGAAUCCCUCAUCAAGAAAAACAACACCUACACUGCAACAGCAACAAACUAUGCCCCAAACAUUGCCAGGGAUCCAGGCUUGGCUACCAUUGCCAAAAGUGCUGCCCCUCCCACUGAAGCUAAAGAAGACCCAAAACCCAAACCUCCAGAAGCUAAGAAAACCUUUAACAGUGUGAGCAAAAUUGACAGGAUGUCCAGAAUAGCUUUCCCUCUACUUUUUGGAACCUUUAAUUUAGUUUACUGGGCAACCUACUUAAAUAGAGAGCCACAAAUCAAAGGGUUAUUUCAACCUCACUAAAAAGCUUUUUUCGAAUGUUUAUUUUCAGAACAGGUGUCCAAGGGGUCUAGUUCCCAGUUACUGCAUUGCUUCUGUGUCAUUAAAAAAAAAGAUAUUACCUUCAAAAUGUACAAAAGGAGGAAUCAAACCCAAGGAUCUUUGCAAUGUGGUUAGAGUUGAAUGGGAAGUGUUAGAGGGGAUGUGUACUAUUCUAAAAUUAUGCUACAAUAAUAUAUAUGCGAGAGAAUGCUAUUCUACAAAUGCACAUAGCCUAACAAAAGUUAAGGAUCUCUCAUUUUAGUUUUGUUUUUCCUUUUUUGUUUUCUUUGUUUUUAUUUACAUUAGACCAUUACAUUUUGAUUACAUUUCCUAGAAAAUGCACAACCGUUACAUUAGCAUGAACAGAAUAUUUAAGGAACUGUCUACAUCUGACAAAAUGGCUUAGUUUAUUUGAUUUAUAUCCCAAAAUGUUUCCUUAAAAAUUAAGUCAGAUACUCUUCCAUGUCUUGUAGAAAUGUUUUGUAUUUAUUUUGUUAACAAAAGGUAGGGUUUCAGCAAUAGCAAUAAAUACAUGUCUCAGUGGAUACAUCUUAUUUGCAUAAAUUGUUUUUUUUAAAUCCCUUUAUUAUAUAAUACAUUAAGCAUAAUAUCCAUUUUAUUUUAUUGUAAAUACUAUCACAGUGUUACAGAUGUUAAUAUCAAGUUUAAGCUUUGCGAAAUGUACCUAUGAAGUAUAAAUAUUCUUAAUAUGAGAACAAAGGAGUUUUAAGAUGUCUUUUGAAGCUCUAUGUAUGAAAUAUGACAUUGAAAGUAAUACAUAAUUUGUAAAGAGAGGGUAUUUAUUGGUUCACUUUCAAGUGACUGUUUUUCAACCAAGUUAGUGUUCCUUUAAAUGCUGAUUUAUAAUAUUACCAAUGAUGAUAGAAGCAUAUAUAUGUAUAUGUAUAUGUAUAUGUAUAUGUAUAUGUAUAUGUAUAUAUGUUGUGUGUAUGUUUGCACACAAAAUAUAUUUUGAGAAUGGAGCAGUGGUGGGUAAGAAUGUAAAUGUACUAUUUAAUGUCGGAAUGCAUUUUAUAUUUAGAAUUAAAUCACUAUUAUUCUUUAUAUUGGUUUCUGGUUUCUGUGUGCUAGACACAUGCAUAUAAAUCCAAAAACCUAAAAGUCACUCACAUAUUUUUCAAAUUUACUGCUGCUAGUUGUGUGUAUUGCAUAGGGCUUAAUGCAAAGAGAAUGGUCACUGAAGAGCUGUGCCUUGUCAGUUUCCAUGGUUGAACUAAGAAAGAUGUUUCCCUUUAUCAUGAGACUUCCAUCUAGUUUACUUUAAAGCCUUUUAAUUCUUCCUUUCCUCUGCUAACCUACCAGAUAGCAUCCAGUAAAUACCAGCUACACUGCCUUCACUUUGAGAUGCCCUUGUAAGACAAAGACAGAUUUUAGGACAGCAACUAUUUCUAGUUGGCAAUGAAAAACAAAAAAAUCUAACCAGUAGGUGAGUGCUGCAUACUGUAGACAGUAUUGUAUUCUCUCUUUAUGUAGCAUGAUAUCUGAACCGUUUUUUUAAAAAGCACCAACAGAAACCAAACACUGACAGCAGUCGGAAAAAAUUUUGCUCUAACAAAAGUUUUGGGGGUUUCAGUGAAGUAGGUUAUUACAUUUCCUUUUCAAAUUAAGUUGAUGUAGCAAUAUAUAACAAGGGCUUUUUGCUGAUAAGGAAUUUUAAAAAAAUAAACUGGGGUAUUUUCCAUGGUAGCUUUAUGUUGACCUCAGAGAAUAAUUGAUUAAUACAUCGCUUAACAUGUAGAAUUGAGGAAAACCAAGGAUUCUGACAUUAAAGAAAGUAUAAAGAUAGUGUUUGAUUUCCCUCCUCGGUUAUGAAAGAUUUGAAACUUAGAUCUAAGUUGAGAAGGGGUCAGUGUGAAAUUCUGUGUCUUGAAACUGGUUGUUUUCCAAGUGAAGAAUCAGUAGAUCUACAGUAUGUGAGUAACAUUACCAAGACCCCUGUAACCAGCUGUAAAUGAAAGGAUGCCCUGGGGGUGUCAAGAUGUCCCAGAGUGGGAUUGUACUUGUUUUUUUUCAGCUGUUUUAUGCAAGUCAACAGUAACAGAGUCCAUAUAAAGCUGCUCUAGGGAUGUAGACCCUUGAAAUAUUAUGUAUAAAUAUAAAUGUAUAGAUAUUUAAAUUCUAACCUAUUGUAUGGACAUUUAUUAUCAUGCGUAAAAUAUAUAUAUAUAUAAUAAAAAAGAUUGUUUGUAUCAACCUAUUGCAUUUUGCACAUUAGCUGCAUAAGUUACAUAUAAUGUAGUCUGCUUUGUGCUAUGCAAGAACAGCUUCAAACCACUUUUUCUGUUUUUUUUUUAUCAUUGUACUUAAAUAAUAUACUGUAUAAAGCUGAAUUCUAUUAGAUAUAAUGUAUCUUACUUAGCUUUUAUACAUUGUUUUGCUAUGUAUUUACUAGCCAAAUUAGUAGUCCUUUCAAUAAGGUAUAUUUAAAUAGAGAGGUUAAUGUUGCUCAUGGGUUGAUUGGGAUAAUGUAUUGAAUGUCAAUUGCACAUUUAUUCAGAUACAUGGCAAUAAAAACUAAAAAUAUUACAUACAUAUAGCCUUGGCCAAAGGUUUGAGGGAUCCCCCAUAUACAGUAUGUGACCUUCAGGUUAUAAACUUAGAAUAUUUUAAUGUAAUCAUUUUUUAAAUGUUCUAAAACAUGUUUUAACAUUUUGCAGGACAAGGAAACUUCUACAAACAUUAACUUUCACGAAACCUUAAAUAUUUUUCCACUUUCUUAUAUCUAUAGUACUAUACUUAAAUUCAUGUUUUUCUACUUUGAUUUUAAUCCACAUAAUAAACUGCAUAUGCAACAGGGUUAGGGGAUGCCUCAUUCUUAUGUCCAAUAAAUGUAUAUAAUAAGGACAGUUUCUUGCAUUAUAAUGUAGAGAUAUACAGUACAAAGACUAGGCAUUAGUCAUUUGGAUUGGAACAACACGUUUAUUCUGGAAUCAUAUCAAGUAGCAGUAAAUUAACUAGGGCAGAUAGUUCAUGGUUCUGCCCUUUGCACUUACACAUUUCAUGUGCAACGUGUGUACAAUAAAGUCCUGAGAAAGAUAUAGGACCAACCAGGAAUGACAGAGGAUUGCACGCAUGUGUACAAUAUGGUCACAAUAUGGCUUAUUAGACAUUGAGCACCAAGACAGAUCCUUCUGAAACUCCUAUCACUUCUACUUUUGAAAGUCUAAAACCCACUGUACAUCUGUACUCAUAUACAGUACAUUCUGAACCAGGACUGGUCUUUAAUUCCAAAGUCCAAUAUUGCUUAUCUUAGUCAUACAGUUAACUGUGUUUCAUUCCUGUAAAAUGUGAGAUGAGUGCCACACUCCACUCAUCAACCCCACUUAUAUUUUGUUAAUACUGCAUAUGAUUCCAGAAUAAAUAGGUGGUCUUUAAAAACGUCAGUGUAUAUCCACUUAUAUCUAGUCUUCAUAAAUCCUUGUUGAAAAGAAAAAAGAAUACCUUUUUUUAAAAAAGCAACUGAAUUCUUGAAGCACAAAAAAUAAUCAUAUCAGAUCAGAAUUUGUGCAGUAUUUUUGUGCCAGCCAAUCUCUUUGUUUCCUGCUCAUGACUGGCGGAAAUAUGGUACAUUUGACAGUAGCUAUUUUUCAAGGUAAUAGCUAGUUAGCCUUCACCAUUCUUGAUUACUCUAAUAUUUCUGAUCUGUCAAUGUUCAUGCUACAAAGGGUAUGGUAGCCCUUUGAAACUGAUGCAAUGAAAGCAAUUUCCGUAACUCCAGAAAGAGUAAUGUCAUAUAUUAUCAGUUUGAGGAUGAGGAUCAUACACAUUAUGUAAUUGUUUGGUUUUGUUACAGAAUGCCCCUUUAGACUCUUUGCAUUAGAUUAAAAAAGUAAUGUUCAAAUUUUUAUCAAUGUUUAAUAAAUACUCAAAAUAUGA